AUGGACCCAAAACAGAAAUUCUAUCGUCAUUUCCAGGACAGCGUAGCAGAGCUUCAGGAGCAAAUAGAUGAGUUGGAGGCCGUGUCCGCCGUCGCGGGCGAACGGCAGGAAGCCAUCGACCAUGUUCUUGCUGGCAUAAGCAAGCUCCAGCACGAGGUUUCUGACGCGGCAGAGUUCACGCCCUCGUAUGAUCGGAAGCAAUACUCAGAUAACAUCAAGAGCCUCUCUGAUAAGCUCAAUGAAACCGUGGCCAGGGUCACACCAAGGUCUCGUUUCCAGUUUAAACGCUCCAGCAUUGGAGCGCAUGUCGAUAUGGGCGCGCCGGAAAAUGACCCCCGCUUGCACCCAGGCAGUCUAUCUCGAAACACGCAAAGUUCCUCUGGCGAAAAGCACCAGGAGGCCAGGGAGAGCGACGACACAGUUGGUGAUCUCCCUUCUGUUGCCGCGAUACGCGACUACAACGCCGAGCUCUCUCAGCCUAGUACGCAGUUUGUUAGGAAGCCAAGCUUCUCUAUGGCAAGGAACAUUGGCAUUGCUAAUCAGUCCCAUCUGCACAUCAUUCUCCCAUCUUCCGCGGCAAGGGCUACUGCGUCAGGGAGUUUGACGGAUUUGAAGUGGUGCAUUGUGGACAUGUCCGUUCCUACAGCGCAGGGGAAGCCGUUUCCAGGAUUGGCUUUGAGGAACAUCUCAAACAGCCUGAUUGUUGCUGGCCACGUCAACGGGCCAGUGCACAUUACAGGUGUAGCGGACAGCAUUAUUGUGGUUACAGCACGGCAGGUUCGUAUUCAUGAGUGCAAGAAUGUAGACAUCUACCUGCACUGUACUAGUCAUCCCAUAAUUGAAGACUGCACGGGUAUGCGGUUUGCGCAACUACCCAAGUGUUAUUCAAUCGAGGGCGAGUCGCCAAAGGAGAACCAGUGGGACCAAGUUGAUGACUUCAAAUGGCUCAAGGCUGGCCAGAGUCCGAACUGGACUACUCUUUCAGACGCCGAAGCUUUGGAUGAGGCAUUAUGGACCAAUGUCGUGCCUGGGCAGCCAGGUGUAAGUGUUGAAGAAACGCUGAAAAAGGUUGGUAUACCUCGCCAGUAA